AUGAAACCACCUGCAGCAUCAUCGCUCCCUCGCCUGGGCCUAGGAAUGGCGGCCUUGGGAAGACCAGGCUACAUCAAUCUAAACCGAGAAACGAUAUUGGGCAAUGAUCGUCCCGUGGAACUGAUGCAAAAGCAGGCCGAUGUGGUCAUGGACAAGUUGUUUGCCAUAAGCGACGAACCGUGGUUGGAUUGUGCUAGAUCCUAUGGACUGAGCGAAAAGUUUGUGGGAGAAUACUUGAGACGCCACAAAAUUGCACCCGAGAAGGUCUAUGUGAGCUCCAAGUGGGGGUACACAUACGUCGCCGACUGGAAUGUAAAGCUGGCAGAGGGAGAACCUCACGAGGUCAAAGACCACUCAACCGAUAACUUUUUGAAGCAAGUCCAAGAGACUUCCGAAUAUCUCGGUGAAUACAUCAACCUGUAUCAGAUUCAUUCGGCAACGUUUGAAUCGGGUAUACUGACGGACGCAAAGACUCACGAGGCACUCUCCAAAUGCAAGGUCGAACGAGGCUGGGCCAUUGGCUUGUCGGUCUCCAGUCCUCAACAAAAUGCCGUCUUGCAAAAGGCCAUGACCAUCCAAUCCACCACAACUCCCAACCAGCCACUCUUUGAUUCCGUGCAAUGUACCUACAAUCUACUCGAACAACGACCAGGCGAAGCCUUACUGGAAGCGCACCACAAGGGAAUGGACAUUAUCAUCAAGGAGGGCCUCGCCAAUGGACGGGUUCUACGUCAUCCAGAUGUCCUGCAAUAUGCCAAGCAGCUUGCCUGCGAACCAGAUCAAUUAGCUUUGGGGUUCAUUCUGGCACAACCGUUUCAACCCCGGGUCUUGUCGGGAGCCGUGACGCCGGAACAACUCGAAUCCAAUCUCAAGGCCAUGGCAAUAUCGGAAACGUUGAGAGAGAAUCCAUCUCUGCUGGAAGAAAUUGCCAACAAGUGUGUCAUGGACAGUGACGAGUAUUGGAAAGAGCGGUCGGCAUUGGCAUGGAACUAG